AUGAAUUGGCAUACAUUCCUUCCUUUGUCUGAGGAAUACACGCCAAAGGAUGCAAACGUAACCAUUCUGGCGUUGAUGAUGGCAAGGUGGGAUACAGCGUCAACGCAUCAUCGCCUCCUGGGCAAUCGUAACGACCUAAAUCCCUCCCAGUUGGUGGUCACGUCGACUUGCAAGCGAGUGGAAUACUCAAUCUUGCUCUGGGUCCGAGUUGUUCGCGACCAGUUUAUGAGUGCACCAAGACCUACUAUAACACUUGUUCCGCCCAGGACCCUCACGGUUUUGACCCCAGAAGAAGAGAAGGAACGAACUUACGCUGAGAUCAUCUCUAGCACUAGCCAUGGGCACGAAGAAUACUGUAACGAUAGGUCAGCCCUCUGA